UAUUUAUAUCUUUCUCUUUUUAAAGGUUACUAACUAGAUAACACUGGAUACGCUGAGGGUGGAAGACUAUUCCAGCAUACUACAAUGAGUCUCAGGGAGGUACUGAGUAUGAUGUGCUGAACUAGUCCUCUAAACGUCUCAGAGAUGAGUGUUCCAGUUAUACACUAUGCUGAUAUUUGACACAAUGAUCUCUAAUCUUGCACAAAUGUGGACUAAAUAUAUAUUUGUAUGCUUUUUAACAUUUUUAUAUAAGAAUAUUUAAGGACUGGUUGUUAGUAUGCACAUAUGGGGUUAAAUUGUUGUAAUUAACCAUGCUAUCACUGGAGCAGGGGAAGUUUUCUCUAUCCCCACCCAUUUCACUACCUUUAUAACUUGCACACUAAAUAGUGCACCAUUAGCUUGAGAAAGGGUCCCGAAACGUUGCUCUUUGCUUGUUUUUAUGUACUUGGGCAAAUAAAAUACAAUUUUUUCACGAUUUGCAUCUUCAGUGUGCUACUGGAUUUUUUUGCUGCAAGCUGCUAAAUGUUGGCAUAAAUGCUGAAAGCUGAGUGCCAUUCUGCUUCCGCAACCAUUGCCCUCAAAGUACACACUAAGUUUACUUUAUUGAGCCUUCCCUGGUGCCAAAUAUAAUAGCACAAGGGCUUUUUUUGGACUUUAACCAGUUAUUUUAUUCUACAAAUGAUUUUUUUAUCUUAAUCAUUUUUAAGACACUGUUUCAUAAAGGUACAAAGCUCAGUAAACAAGGCUCGUCAUGGGGUAUGGACGCUCGGGAAUCCUGCUGAUUGCUUUAUUUGUGUCUGUUCAAGGCUCUGUCACAGAUAAGUUGAAAUUUGAUGAAGCGUUACUAACAGUGUCCAACUAUCUCACUGAACCUAUUCUCCUACUGUAUGUCAGUGAUUACUGCUAUCAAUGCCUCCCUCAGCCGCUUCUGACUUUACCUUCUGGCCCCGGCACUCAGCCUGUGAAUAGCAGUAUCAUUGUUAGCAGCCGAUAUGCACUCUCAGUUCAGGUGGUGAGCAACUCAGGAAACAUGACUCCUCUAUGUAGCUGGGAACAUUUAUAUGAAGAACAUGGCCACUAUUUAAUCUCAGUCCAUUAUUUGCUCAGCGAGCAGAACACCAGAAGAGUGCUGUGUCAGGAGACUGUGACCAGGCCUCCAACAAAUUGCUACCUCCCUCUUCUGGUUGCAUUUGUCAUACUGGUCGGUGUAUGUGGACUGUAUCACCUCUCAGUGUACAUCAGUAGGCUGGCCUGCUUCCGGAGACUGCAGCAGUACUUGUGCAAGAGGUUAUCCUUUUUUUCCAAGCAUGUUGAAACUUCAGAAGAUAAUUGUGGCGAACAGUCUAAAGUUCCUGAAUCUCGACGUCUGUAUUCAUUGGAUACCUUUAGAGGAUUCUCUCUGACGAUAAUGGUAUUUGUCAACUAUGGAGGAGGUGGCUAUUGGUUCUUUGAACAUGCUCCUUGGAACGGACUUACGGUUGCAGAUUUGGUUAUGCCUUGGUUUGUUUUCAUCAUCGGUACAUCAGUAGCACUGGCUUUCAACGCAAUGCUAAAGAGAGGGCUCAGCCGUUGCCAGCUCUUGUACAAAUUAACUUGGAGGACUUGCAUUCUUUUUGCAAUUGGAGUUUUCUUCCUUAAUUAUGGACCAGCUGAUGGGCCACUGUCCUGGCGCUGGGCGAGGAUACCUGGAGUACUGCAACGUCUUGGUUUUACCUAUUUUGUCAUUGCUCUUCUUCAUACAUGUUUCCAUAAGGUGCAGCUUGGCCAUGGGGAGAGCCAUCAGUGGAGUGCUGCUGUAAGGGAUAUUGUCCUGUACUGGCCAGAAUGGAUCUUUAUCAUAGCAUUGGAGACAAUCUCACUGUGUCUAACCUUUCUGCUACCAGUGCCUGGGUGUCCCACCGGCUACCUGGGCCCUGGAGGGAUUGGUCACUAUGGAAAGUACCCAAACUGUACAGGAGGAGCAGCAGGAUAUAUUGACAAGUGGAUACUUGGAGCAGAACAUAUCUAUCAAAACCCAACUUGUAAGGAACUUUAUAAAACAACACAGCCUUUCGACCCUGAAGGUAUACUGGGCACCAUCAACUCAGUAUUAAUCGCAUUUUUUGGAUUGCAGGCUGGGAAAAUUAUCCUGAUUUACCGUAAAUACCCACUCAGCAUUCUAAAGAGAUUCUUAUGUUGGGCCAUCUUAUUGGGGAUUAUCUCGGCCAUCUUAACCAAGUGCACAAGGGACGAAGGAUUUAUUCCCAUCAAUAAAAACCUUUGGUCUUUGUCAUUCAUAACAACACUUAGCUGCUUCUCCUUCCUCCUGCUGGGACUAAUGUUUUAUGUGAUUGAUGUGAAGCACUGGUGGCAAGGCCAACCUUUCAUUUAUCCUGGUAUGAACUCAAUCUUUGUUUAUGUUGGACACUCAAUCUUGGCCACCUACUUUCCUUUUCAAUGGGAGAUGAAAUACUGGAUGUCUCAUUAUGAAUUGUUUAUUCAAAACCUUCUCGGCACCUCUAUCUGGCUUUGUGUGUCUUACGUGCUCUUUAAGAAAAAAUUCUUUUUAAAGAUUUAAGUGCCAUAGUGUUAGAAUGAAACCUUAAUGCUGAAUUUAUGUCAUUUUACUGUUAAGCAAUUGUAAAAAUAAAUAAACUCUGUUGUUUGGUUUCA